ACUGUGCAGUUUUUCCGCCGCGGGGAGCGGGGACAACCACGGGCCUCUUGGCGCCGUAGACACCAGUUGGCUGUACCACACGUCUCAGUGAGGCUUGUGAGAAAGUGUGAUGAGAGUGUGAUGACAUAAACGGGUUGUUUUCACGAGCGGACUACGGUGGGCGGCAUACCGGGGCAUGCGAUUUGCUUUCGUGGUGUGUGUUUGGCAAGAUGGUGGCAUUGAGAGCAGUUGCGCAGGUGGUUUCCUCCCGGGAUGAAAUGAAGCAUUCUCUGUGAUGGAUGCCGAAAGCAUCUGAACCCCCGAAUCUUGAUCUGUUUGCACCCCACUGGCAGCCACAAGGUCUACCCAGGAAGGGGUCAUGGAUCCCCGGACAAGGCUGCUCCUGUUCAAGAUGCAGAACACCGGCACUCUCUUGGAGGUUCACGGGAUGGUUAAGACAGGGAAGGAGGCUCAUGUCUACCACGCUCUCGCACCCGAAGACCCCGAAGCCAUGACGGGUAGCCGAGGUGUCGCGUUGAAGAUUUUCAAGACGACGCUCAGCGAGUUUGGAAACCGUGCGGCGUACGUUGACGGGGACCCUCGGUACGGCAACAUGAGGUUCAACAAGCAGAGCCGGCAGAAGAUGUUCGCCAUCUGGGCCAAGAAGGAGCACCGCAACCUGCUCCGCCUUCACCGCGCCGGCAUCCCCUGCCCGGAGCCGAUCAAGCAGCGGGAGCACACACUUGUUCUGUCCUUCAUCGGGAAGGACCAUUGGCCCGCGCCGCAGCUGCGGGAGAUCGACCUCUCCAAGGCGAACUGGCGCAGAUGCUACGCGCAGGUGCUUGAGCUGGCGCGGUUGAUGUUCCUCAAGUGCCACCUGGUACACGCAGACCUGUCCGAGUACAAUGUGCUCUAUCACGAAAAGGUGUGCCACGUUAUCGACGUGGGCCAGGCUGUGGACACCGGACACCCCAAGGCCCGAGAGCUCCUCCGCCGUGACAUGUCGGUGGUAGAGUCCUUCUUCAGGCGGAAGGGAGUAACCGGCUGCCUCGAGGCAGCGGUGGCGGAGCGUUUCGUAGUGGCCUACCGCGGCCCUUCCUCGUGCGACCACGACGCUGCUUAUGAUGAUGUAACCGGCGAAGGCGGUGGUGGUACGGGCGAGGAAGAGCGGCCCCUGAGCGGUAUGGAGGUCAUCCUGGAGCUGAUGGGAACGCCAGGGAUUGGCGCCGACGACAGGCUCCAGGCGGAGUGCGCCGCGGCGGAACCUUGGGCCUCCCGCCAAUCAAAGCAGGGCGCCCGCAACGACAACGGCGACGACUUCGUCUCAAGCGAAGAGAGCGAACACGAAGACGAGGAGGAGGGCGGCAGCCAUCCCGACUGCGCUGAGGAAGAAGAGGGAGUCGGAGAAGAGGAGGAGGCUGGUUGGACGAUGGUCGAUGUCGAGAGGGAGGAGGGGAGGGGGGACAAGGUUGAGCUGAGCGAGCGAGAGCGGGCAAGAACGUCGGCGGAGAAAGAGGCGCUCAAGGCUGGAAUUUUCUGACAAGAGUUGUAUGCUGACGCUGAUUUUUUUUUUUCUUCCUCAAGAAGGAGGGAGUGCUUGACAGUAGCGUAACACAUUGCGUGGCCGAUCGAACUUACUGUUGGUUGUUUUUUUGUGUAAAGCUGGGAGAGGUUGCUGUUCGUAAAGAAGAAGGUGUAGCUGCGUGCUGGGGGACACAUGUGUGUGUUUGAGUGGAAGAAGUGAGAGAGCACUCCAGCCGAGAACAUGAGUUCACUGCUGUUGAAUUCAAAAUUGUAUGUAGGUUCUUGCUCUAGCUGCCAUUCCUGGUUUGUGGAGAGCGCUACAGCAGUAGUUCGUUUGUACACUUGUGAGGAAAGAGAGUGCUGCCCUCUUCUCGCGUUGAAAGUCGUGGGGCAAGCAUCGCAGGAGGGGUGGGUAGGGGAUCUCAGGGAGAGGAAUCCUUAGGCGUUACCACGGAUUGGAGAGAGCUCCUACCGGGCAGAAAUACUAUGUGUGAGCGCUGAUGUAAAGCGAUAGGUAAAAAGUAAUGGAGUCGUGUAAAUACCCUCCGUGUUGUUGAUGCAGGCCGGGAGUCCGUAAGACGGCUAGCACCUAAUUUUUUGUAGCCAUGUUC